AAUCCCCUCUGUGUUCUCCCUCCUCUUGCACACAGCCAAUGGUCCAAUCAGCUCACCUUUUGCUCACAGUGCACCAGUAACAGCAAAGUGUUGUGCAUGAACGCCGAACGGAGACUGAAGCAGCGAUAGUACUUUCAGAUAAGUGACGCAGAAAUUCUGAAUUUGAGCGAGAUUUUUUUGUUUUUUUUCUUUGCAAUGCAGUCAUGAGUUCAGACUCUCAGAAGGUCACUGUGUUUUUCGUCAUUACUUUUCUCCUGGUUGUUAAUGCGUGGCUGCUGCUGCAGCUUUCUUUCGGAUGAUCCUCAAACGACAGGUAGCUCAUUCAAUCAGAAGGAGCUUUUCCAAAACCUGCACACCUCAGGAUGCGUUGGACACUACAAUGGUGGACUAGUGUAUUUUAUUUUUUUGUCCAGAAUGUGCAGAAUGUGGAUUAUCUGCAGAACUGAUGGGUUUCCACUUGGAUGUAACAAUGUCAGACCGUCGCUUUUUGGCUGACAACGAAGCUACAGAUACAUUUGAUGAAUAGUAGCUUUCAAAGAAAACAAUUCGUUCGUGGCAUUUUACAGUUAAAUGAUUUAGUGGCGUAGACGUAUUGGGAAGAGAUUACACUUUUACUUCGCAAAGCCGAACCGGAAGUGCGGGACACUGUCACUGUUAUAUGUGUUAUGUGAGCUCAUCAUUUCCAUCCAUCCAGUCUAAAAACAACAUUUUAAACGGCCAUUUGUCUUAUUUGUAUUGCUUGUAUUGAACAUAAAUGUGUGUCCUGGUGCUUAUGGUUAAACUAGAGCUUAGGGCAGCGAAUGUUAAGACCUAAAGAUAACGUAAUGGUGCAAUAAUAAAAGAGCUAGGGGACAUUCGUGGUCCGACUGUCGAGGACCAGACCCGUUGCUGUGGUGACAGUCACGCCCAAAACCGAGGCUUCAAACCAGGGAACACUUUAAUGAAGACCAGGUGCUUGUGCUCGCACUUUGCGUCGUCACAGUAACGUCUGCGCUCCGCUGCUCGGUGUUUACUGACAGUAAGAGUUGGUGGUUAGUGGUUGCAGUCAUGGCUACGGUUGUUAGGAAUCGUUGCUGGUCUCUGGGCUUUUUAUAGCUUUGACGUCCUGUUCUGGACCGUUGACGUCCUGUUCUGGAGCGCCGAGGACAGCGCGCGACCUUGAGGACGUUGCCAUGGAUUUGACUCGCCUGGCUGUAGAUGCUGGACAGUUCAUCAACCGAGCUGUUCAGUACACAGGGGAGAGUCUUGGCCAGGCAGACAAGACUCAGUUGGAUUCCGGUCUGGAGGAGCUUCUGGCCAGGGCAGACGCCACAAAGACCUGGACCGACCAGAUAAUCUCCCAAACUGAGGUUUUACUUCAGCCCAACCCCGGAGCACGCUUAGAGGACCGGCUGUAUGAGCAUCUGGAUUGGAGCGUCCCACCACGGCCUCGUGCACAUGAGGUACUAGGAGACCAAAUGGUCCAGGCUGGGCUGGAGCUAGGGUCCAACACUCCCUAUGGAACAGCUCUGCUCAGGUGUGGUGAGACUCAGAAGCAACUUGGCGAGGCGGAGCGACAAUUAGUCCAAAGCGCCAACAUCCACUUUCUUACCCCUCUGAGGAGUUUCUCUGAAGGGGAGUACAAAUCCAUACAGACGGAGCGCAGGAUGUUGGUAAAUAAACGUUUGGACUUGGACAUAGCGAAUACCAGACUGAGGAAAGCACAUGAAGCUGAUCGAGAGGCCAGAAACCUGAACGCAAACCCACUGGAUGAUGACUACUUGGCUCAUGUCUCCUACAUGUUCAGCUUCCUGCGUGUUAAAUGGCUCAAGAUGUGGGCUCAGGAAAUCGCUCAGGCAGAGAUGGAGCUGAGGAUCUGUCAGAGUCUGUUCGAUCGACAGUCAGAAAUGACGAGACAAGUUGUGGAAGGAAUCGACAACACUCAUACCAAUCAUAUGCGGAGCCUGACUGACUUUGUGGAGGUUCAGGCCUCUUAUUUUGACCAGUGCAACCAGCAUGCUCAGGAGCUUCACAAACAACUCGCCAGCAUUCCAGUAGUCCUCUGCUCCAAUAACUGGCAGUCAGAAAUUAGUAAUGCAGGCAGUCAUCCAUCGACAAGCAACCAUGUAGCUAAUGAGCCCAUCGGGUCGAAUCACAUCACUCCGAUUCCCGUAGACUUACACCAAAUUCCAGACUUUGACCAGGACUCAUGGACAGUUAAUUCACAGCCAAGAAGGGAAGAAAGAACAGCCGACUCCUCUGUGACCACCAAGCCACCUGGUCACGCAAACAAGAACAAUAACAACAACAAAAUCUUCUCUGCGAAUGACCAGGCGACAAGCCAGUGUGCAGCUGCCAACCAAGCAUCUGAUCAUGUCUGUUCAACAAAUCCACAAAGUCUACCUGCAGAUCAGAUCCCAGAACUCCCAAGACCAACGGAGCAACGCUUGAAACAACAAAUUGUGCAGGUGGUGUCCACCAAACUGAUGUUUCCCCACCUUCAGAGAUCUGUGAUGUCUCAAACGAGUCUCAGACAACAAAUGCAUUAGGAACCAUUACAACCCAUGACAACGCUAUCCAAACCUUAGCAGCCAGUGGCGUUGCUGCAGAGCCUGAAACAACCAAUGAAACCGCAAGCCAGCUACCCACCAAUGGAGAAGAUGUGCAGGAGACGUAAUUAUCCAGCCAGGCUGUGGUUUAGUGAAGGCUGGAACAAAGCUUUGGCUGAUUUAGACAAGCUGAUUUCUACAUCUGAGAAUACAGACUGUAAUAAAAGAGAACAGAUAAAGUGAUGCAGAAAUAGAGUUUAAUUUAAUGCCAUAGGGAUAUAUACCGUAUGUCAAGUGGUUUUGAAAGUGCUAAAUUGACUAUAGUGCCACAAGAAUAUUAGCCUAAGCUGUUAGUAAUAGUUUGUGGUCAUGUUGACUAUUAUCAGUAUCAGUCCCUACUUGUUGCUCUGGAUGUAAUGUGACACUGUAAUAUAUCAUAGCCUCUCACAAGAAGAUGAGGCCUGGCUGAGUUCUUAAUUUUUUUAUUUUUUUUCAAUUAGCUAAAUCAAGCUAAUGAAUCUAUGUGCCAAGUGUACUGUAUGUUUGUUGUUAUGAGAAUACAAAGUCACGUGUGUGUCUGUGUAUGUCUUUGCAUCACUGUCUCUUACCUGUGUUUUACAGCUUGUCCACACCUUGAAAAAGAAGUGUGUGUAUGUUUUUGUGUGUGUGACUCUGCCCCUGCUUGACGUUGAGGUCAUUUUCCAUGUGAAACAUGUCACUUACGUGUGUUUGGGAGCCCUGUGAGGUGACAAAAACACCAACCUGAACAGAAUCUCUAUUCUUUAGCAUGGUAAAAAAAAAAAAAAAAAGUUUCCUCAUACGUUUUCUGGGUGUUUCUUCCUAUACACAGUCGAAUCACAAACUCACUUUUACCCUUUUACCCCCUUAAAGCCCCCAUUAGGUGAAAUGGAUAGAAGUUUCCAUGUCCAGAUGUUGUUCAUUUUCUGUGUUAGGGCAGCGCUGCUCUACUGUGCUGUGGGUCCACUCUGGGGACCCUUGAUGGAAACAAGCAUUAAUGUAGCACUAACCCUACUGAUGUAAUCAUCCACCAGCUCUAUGCUACACACAUAGAGAUGUGUGUGUGUGUUUGUGUGUGUGUGUGUGGAUAGAAACACUUCAUAAUUGUAGCUGCUGCCAGGUUUAUACUAUAAAGCAGUUAUAACUGAGUCAAAUAUUGUACACUGAGCGGAUGCCAGAGGUUGGACUUUUUUAUUCAUGUGAAGAUGUGGAAAUAAAUAUGCAAACAUUGAUGUCAUGUCACUUUGAA